CCAUAUUGCCCCCCCCCCGGGGUGAUGUGCUGUGCAGGUGGGCAGUGGGAUGGGAGUGGGCUACAACAUCAACAUCGCGUGGACGGGCGGCGUGGACCCCCCCAUCGGCGACGUGGAAUACCUGACCGCCUUCAGGACCGUGGUGAUGCCCAUCGCCCGUGAGUUCUCCCCCGACGUGGUGUUGGUGUCUGCUGGCUUCGAUGCGGUGGAGGGGCACCAAUCCCCCCUGGGGGGGUACUCCGUCACUGCCAAAUGUUUUGGCCACCUGACCAAGCAGCUGAUGACGUUGGCGGGGGGCCGCGUGGUGCUGGCCUUGGAGGGGGGGCACGACCUGACGGCCAUCUGCGACGCCUCCGAGGCGUGUGUCACUGCAUUGCUGGGGCUGGAGCUGGAGCCCCUGGAUGAGUCCCUGCUGCAGCAGAAGCCCAAUGUCAAUGCAGUGGCCACCCUGGAGAAGGUCAUCGAGAUCCAGAGUGAGCCCCUGGGGGGCACCUGGGGGUCUUGGGGGGGUGGGGGGCACAGGGGGGCUGCCCUCACUUUGGGGGGGAGGGGGGGAGCACAGAGGGGUGCCAGCCGUGGAGGGACAGAAGGCAGGGAGGGGGGGGACAACACAUAGGGGUCCCCAAGGCUGUCUUUGGUCUCAUAGGGUGGUCCCAGGGGGUCUUUAUACUUUGGGAGGGGUCCUUUCCCACUGGGGGGGGCGGGGGUUGGAGCUGCUCCAGCCAUGGGGGUCCCAGGGUGUGUCCCCAGAUAUGUCCCUUGAGCUGUCCCUAUAUGGGGGUUCUGGGGGUCCCCAGGUCUGUCCUUCCCAUGGGGGGCCCCCCCAGAUCGGUCCCCAACACUGGAGGGUUCUGCCCCCCCCCUCAGCCCCCCCCCAAGCAAUCCCUGCAUAUGGGGGUCCCAGCAGUGUGUGUGGGGGGGGGUCCCCAGGUUGAUCCCAUGGGGAUUUCUGGGGUCCUCAGAACUGCCUUUCCUAUUGAGGUGUAUUCCCCCCCCUCCUCCCCCAGUUCUCCCCCAUAUGGGAUAUGGGAGACCCCCAGUCUGUCCCUGGAGUGGGGGUCUUGGGGAGGGGGGAGUCCUCAGUCUGUCCCUUUAAUGGGGUCCGGGAGUGGGGGAGGGGGGUCUCCAA